UGCGCACUCGCGGGAACAAUACAUCCCUUAUCCCUUUACAUCGCGAGCUGUACGACCCCAUCAGGCGUCUACUGCGAUUGCACGGUCCGCCGUGGCACGUCGUAGUCGACGAUUUUCUCGAAUGUCCGUGUAAUUACAACAAUCCGUCGUCAUGCCGUCGGUUCGCAGAAUGAUCCUGGGCCACGUUGUAUCCGGCCUGUACAACAAGAUGUGCCGUCGGAAGAAGCUGGAGGGCGACCUGCUCGAGACCCCGAUGAAGAGAUGUCUUUCCAUCUUAGACGUCACGUUACUCGGCGUAGGUCAUAUGGUCGGCGCUGGAAUUUACGUGUUGACGGGAAAGGUCGCGCGCGAUAUAGCUGGACCCGGGGUAUGCUUCAGCUUCCUCUUGGCUGGCUUCGCUGCUAUUUUGUCUGCGCUUUGUUACGCCGAGCUGGCCGCCCGAGUGCCAAAGGCAGGCAGCGCGUACGUCUACACUUACAUCUCCAUCGGUGAAUUUUGGGCCUUUAUUGUAGGAUGGAACCUUAUCUUGGAGCAUAUGAUCGGCGCGGCGUCUGUGGCGAGGGCUUGGAGCGGAUACGUGGACUCAUUGGUAGGCGGUGCAAUUAGCAAUUACACUCGUGAUGUGAUGAAUGGCUGGACCAUGGCAGAACCGCUGAGCGCCAUGCCGGAUUUCCUGGCUAGCGGAUUAUGCGUGGCUUACGCGAUGCUCUUGAUAUUAGGGGUGAAGAUCUCGGCGAAGGUGAACACGGUGCUGACUUUGCUCAACCUCAUGGUGAUGGCAGUGUUCGCCUAUUUGAGUUUUUUUUACGGGGACUUUACAAACAUUAUAGCCGGUGGUAUUCUGCCAUAUGGUUUCAGCGGCGUAGUCACAGGUGCGGCCACAUGUUUCUACGCCUACGUGGGCUUCGAUUCGAUUGCCUCUUCCGGGGAAGAGGCUCGUGAUCCAGGACGAAACAUUCCGCUGGCGACGAUACUCUCGAUGGGAACGGUAACUGUUGUAUACGUGUCGGUCAGCCUCGCUUUAGUAACUUACGUGCCAUAUUGGGAAAUUAAUCCCACUGCUGCUCUUCCGGAAGCUCUCGCGUCUAAGGGUAUCUCGUGGGCUAAAUACAUGGUGAGCGUGGGUGCUCUUUGCGGAAUGACGACGACUCUUUUCGGAUCCCUGUUCUCUCUCCCGAGGACAAUGUACUCCAUGGCAAACGACGGUCUGUUAUUCGGCUUCCUGGGUCGUAUCAGUGAGCGUACGCAAGUGCCGGUGGGCAAUAUCAUCUUAAGUGGACUGCUCAGUGCCUUAAUCGCACUAGUAUUCGAUCUCCAGCAUUUGGUAGAGUUUAUGUCGAUCGGAACUUUAAUUGCAUACACCAUCGUGGCGAUCAGCGUCAUCCUGCUAAGGUACAUGCCGGAGCAACAGCCAAUCGAUCAAUCCAAUGCCGAAACACCGAGCAGUAAUUGUUCCUCGCCAUCCACGGAAGAAGCGGACUCCAGCAGCAUUGCAUCUAUGAAAUCCGAACUGCUGUGCAGAGGAUCAGGCAGAUUCAAACCGCGAUACGCCUGGAUGGAGGACUGGCUGGAGGAUUAUGAUACUCGACAUAUCAUAAUCGCUUGUCUGUUUAUCUAUACGACAACCUGCGCUUUUCUUAGUACCUUUAUGUUGAUAGCAUUCGAAACAACGGUCCCGUUCACGAAAAGUGAUUACCUUUUUGCAGCGAGCUAUCUUCCGUUGCCCAUCGCAAGUCUUUUCGUAAUUUGCGCUCACAAGCAAAAUCCACCCAAUGGGAAAUUCCGAACACCAAUGGUACCCCUGUUACCGGCGUUAAGUAUUCUUUUCAAUGUGGCUCUGAUAAUGCAUCUGUCUUCAAUGACGUGGUUACGGUUUUUCAUAUGGAUGACAAUCGGAAUGAUGGUCUACUUUCUAUACGGCAUCCAUUAUAGUAAAGAAGCUACCGCUAAUCCAGACUCAUAUUCCGGCUUAAUGGCCACCACAGAAGCCGAAAAAGGCACAAAGUGGGGAUCUACAUUACGAGCAAGUUCGAAGAAUGACAAAGCACCUAUUUUGAGCCAGGAACUCGUUGAUUAGAAAUAAGUCAUAUAUUUUUAUCAAUUGUUUUCCUUAUCCAAUGCUCGCCAGUGGAGCCGCGGAAGUAGAGUUAAAUUUUAAAAUUAAAAUAAAGCAUUUAAGCAAUCAACAACGAAAUAUUGUAUGUAAGACUGUAUGCAAAGCGAGUUAUAACGCAGGUCAUUAUAACGCUAAUGCAACAGAAUGCAAGACAUUAAUCUUCAAUAGUUUUUUAAAAUUAUAAUUUUGAUGUUAUUAGUACAGAAUUAAUACAUUCGAUUACUUAAAUGCCACAAUAUGUUACUGUUUAAUAUGUAAGUCUGUAUUUUUUAUUUAUAUUUGCCACAUUUCCUACUUCGGCAGCUCCACUUUACAUGUUGCUUGAAAUUCAAAGUUUAUGGAGUAUAUUUUAUAAAUAUUGACCUUUAAAGAUUUUUUAACUCCGUGUAUUUUUGAAGUUUCCUCGAGAAAGUUUUGUCUGGUACAAAAUACUACUUUUGGUACUUAGCUUUAUCUUGUUCGACUACUUAUGAUAGCAAUUUCUAUGAUUUAAGCUUAUUUUACUUCUUAAAACGAUCAAUGAAGCAUUAUUCCUUCUUUCCUUUUUAAAUGACUAUUAUUAUCACAUAGUCGAAGAUCAAACGAUGUUUUACGAAAUAUUGCGUUCCGUAAAUAUUUGUUGCUAGUAACAAACUUAAAGAGAAAACAUAACACUUAUCCUGGUUUAUCUAUUAUGUAUAUUUUAUUACGCGUAAAUUUAAUUAUCGACGAAAAUUGUUAUUUCUCUUUCAUUUUAUGUAAUUUUAUUUUAGCACAAGUCGAUUAAGAAUAUGACAGCAAUGAAAAGUAUUCUUUCCAUUGUCAUGGCAAGAAUGAUCAAACUAUUUUGUUAUCAAUUACACAUAAAAUUCUAUAAUUAUUUACAUAAUUUGACAUAAACUUAUGUUCGUAUGAUCGAAUCUAAAAUUGUGCUUGGAAACGCAUAAGUACAUGUAAUGGAAAAAUGAAGAAGAAUUUAUUAAUCUCACAGACCCAUUCUUAUUACCGCAAUUAUUUAUAUUAAAAUAAUUUAUAUAUUUUUUUUAAACAUAUAUAUUAUAUAUAUGUUUAAAACGCAUAUAUAUUUCAUUCUCUUAAUUCAAUAGUUGGUUUAUAAAAUAAAUAGUAAAGUAGCGAAGGAAUAAUCAGAGUGCAAUACGCUUCGCGGAAAAGAUUUAUUCUGAAGAACCAAGAACGUUAUAUUAUAGGUAUAAUAUAUACUCUUUGCGUGAUAGUGUAUUAUUAUUUACUAUUUAUAAUUUAUGUGUAUUAUAUACGUAUUGUGCGUGACAAGUAUAAUCACAUGGUGUUACGUAGAAAAUAUCCAUAUAAAAAUAUACGUAAUAUCGAUGUGUUAACGAUAGAUAUUGAAAAUGCUAUAAAACAAAAGGCAUGUUUAAACGACAUAUAGUUUAGUUGAAUUCAUUUAUUAAGAGUCGUUUAUACCCUUGUAAAACUAAAUGAUAAAUAUAUAGCAAUGCAAGUCUUCAAAACAACAUAGAUGAUGUAUAUUCCGCAACUGAUGAUUAUUAUUACAAUUAAGACGCGUCUUGUAUGAAGCGAGAGAUCUCGAGAACAAGAACAUUGAUAAAUGAUUAGAAAAACCAGUCCAUUUACUUACAAAAAUAUUUCUUAGCGAGUAAUUCUCUGCAUCAAUUCUUCUCGUCAAUCACUAAAAAUCGAAUUCCUGCAUGUAGACGUAAAAUUGUGUGACUGAAAAUUUAUAUCCCUUACAGUGAUACAAACUCAUGCAAUCAAUUCUUGUUAUUGUAGUGCACGAUAUUAUCCUCAUACAAUACAUUAAUCGUUAUAACAUCAACGCGCGAAUGACAUCUGUCCACACAGAGAUAUUUAAAAAUGCGAUUAUUUACUUGAUUACACAUACCCAUGCUUGAUGAUUCAUGAUUUUCAUGGCUGUGAUUAUGCUUAUUUCUCUAUUAUUGCCGUCAGGAAGGUAUAACAGUUCAAAUAAAACAUGUAUCAGCUCCAA